AUGGUUAACUUGAUCAAUUUCACUAUAAUUGGUUACAGAUCAUCUUUCAUAUUUGGUCUAUUUUCAUUAGUGAUAGCGAAAUGGUUUUUACCUGAAUUUUUGAAAUAUGGCAAAACAUUAACUACAAGAGAUUCAUCUAAUGACAUUAAAAAGGUGUUUGAAGACAACGGUACCAAGAAUCUAUUAGAGCGUAUACAAAAUACUACUGUACCGAAGCAAUGGUUCUUUCAUUUUUACUUGUUGUCGACGAUAUUCACUCUGAUUACUUUAUAUAAAAAUUAUCAGCAUAAAAUUAUAUGGAUCAUUCUUAUCCAUUCGUUGAGAAGGCUAUAUGAGACUCUAUAUGUUUCAAAAUAUACCAGUGAAUCAAGAAUGAACUGGUCACAUUAUGUUGUUGGCUUGUGGUUUUACUCGGUUCUGCAUAUAAUCCUAUAUAUUCAAAUCCUCCAAGGGAACAUUGAUACACAUUUGAAUUAUUACAGUGUACUAUUAUUUACAAUGGCAUCAUGGGAUCAACACAAGAACCACACAAUUCUGUCGGAACUAGUUAAAUACUCGUUACCAAAAGGCCGUCUAUUUAGUAUUUGUUCAUCACCACAUUAUCUGGAUGAAAUAUUGAUAUACAUGUCUUUCCUUCCAUUCAAUAGAGAAUUCAGUUGGUUAGUAGUGUGGAUAAUAGCAAGUCUAACAAUUUCUGCAAUCGAGACGCAUAAUUACUACAAAUCAAAAUUCAAAGAUCAAACAAUACCAAAAUAUAGUAUCAUUCCAUUCAUAAUAUAA